AUGAGCACAUCAACGCCCUCGUUGAACAAGGAAUCGUCAAUUCUCAUAAUUGGAGCUGGCACUUUUGGUAUCAGUACAGCUUAUCAUCUCUGCACACGGGGCUACAAAAAUGUCACUUGCAUCGAUCGUCACCCAUGGCCCAGUCCAGACUCUGCCGGCCACGACUUGAACAAAGUUAUGCGAACGGAAUAUGACGAGCCUUUCUAUACGAAUUUAGCAUUAGAAGCUCUUGAGGCCUGGAGAGAUCCUCAAUGGAACGGCAUUCACUUCGAAACCGUAUGUAGUCGUCACCCUGACCUUACAUUUCUCGAAAAGUCAUAUGAGAAUUUGAAAAGAGAGGGAAAGGCUACCAAGCUUGAGCUGAUCCAGGGUAGAGACGGUAUCGUGAAGCGUGUGCCACAACUUAAGAACGCAGUUGGUAUCGAGAACUGGAAAGGUCUCUACAACAGCCUUGGUGGUUGGGUCCAUGCUCGAAAAGCCCUUGAGCAUUGGGCAGCGGAAGCAGAGACGAUGGGUGCCAAAUUUAUCUCUGGCCCUCAGGGUACAAUGGCAGGUUUAGAACUGGAUGAUCAAGGUGUCAUGAUUGGAGUCCGAGUUGCUUCUGGCCAUAUCCAUCAGGCUGAUCAAUAUAUUCUAAGCACUGGUGCCGCAUCUCCCCAGCUUCUUCCAGAAUUGUCGAAGCAGUUGUGGUCAAAGUGCUGGACCUUGGGUCACAUUCAACUCACUGAGGAAGAAGCUGCCGAGUGGAGGGGAGUGCCAGUGAUCUACAACUAUGAGCUCGGCUUCAUGUUUGAGCCGGAUCCUGAUACUAAUCUCAUCAAGAUCUGCGAUAACAAUCCCGGCUACCAAUAUCGAAAAGGUACUUACACUGACGAAAAUGGCAAGACAACACAUUACUCGAUCCCUCGCUACUCUAGUGAUCACCCCCAAGAUGGCAUCCCUCUCGAGGCCAAACUUGUGAUUAGGAAGUUUAUCGAUACAUUGAUGCCGCAGUUCUCUGACAGACCUUUGCUCGAUGCACGCGUUUGCUGGUGUACUGACUCCCCGGAUGCUCACUGGUUAAUCGACAGACAUCCCAAACACGAUCGCCUACUUCUAGCGACGGGUGACUCUGGCCAUGCGUUCAAAAUGUUUCCCAUUAUUGGACGGUACAUCGCCGAUGCAUUGGAGGGUCUUCCUUCAGGUUUAAGGAAGGAAUGGGCUUAUGGGGGAAGGGCCGCGAAGCCUGCGUCCCAUCGCCCCGACACGGAGAUCAAGGAUCUGAGUAAAUUGUUAAACAUUGAUUCAGAGGCUAAGUUAUAG